CUCACAGGUAAAUCCCACGAUGGUAUUAUAUUUGCAUUGGUUUUAACUAUGGGAAAUUUUGGAUUGACGAUUUCUGAUUCCUCAUUCUGGCAGAAAAGUUUUUCAGCAAGACCAGAAGCUACAUUUCCUGGAUACUUAACAGCCUCUAUUGCAAUUUUAUCUAAUGCAUGGAGCAUUGGAGCUAUUCUCGGAUCAGCUACUUUGUUUUUGGAAAACGAUCCUUCUUUCCCUACUUACCCUAGAAAGAUGACCGAAUACGAAAUAGCAAGUGGAUUCCCUUUACCAUACAUUGUAAAGGCUACUCUAGGUAAACAUGCAGUUGGUGGUCUCUUGUUGAUCAUUUAUUUGUCCGUAACUUCAACAGUUAGUGCUCAAAUGAUUUCCGUCAGUAGCAUCAUUUCUUAUGAUAUCUACAAAAAAUAUGUCAAGCCUAAGGCUAAUAACAAACAGGUGAUUAGGAUUUCCCAUCUCUCAGUUGUCGCUUUUGGAUUCUUUGCUGCUGGGUUCUCAAUAAUGCUUCACUAUGUUGGGAUUACUAUGACUUUUAUGGGUUACUUUAUCAGUAACGUUAUAUGUGUUGCUGUUUUCCCUCUUGCUCUUAGUAUUCUUUGGGAUAGACAAACACGUCUUGCAGCUACAGUCUCCCCGAUAAUUGGAAUGAUUGCUGCUUUUAUUGUAUGGGUUCUUGUUUCAAGAAAGUUUGCCGGAGGCGAGUUGAAUGCUACAACAUUGAGUGCCCAAGUUCCAUGUUUAUACUCUGGGCUCACUGCUCUUUUCCUCCCAGGUUUGUUAUCGGUCAUAAUUAGUCUUGUUUAUAAACCUUACAAGUAUGACUGGAACAAAUUCAAAGAAGCUCAAUUGGUUAUUGCAAGUGAAGAAGCUAGAACAAGCCAAGAUGAUUCUACUUCGAAUGAGUCUAUAAAUCAAAAGUAUGAUGAAAAGAAUAAUAAUUAUUCAGUGAAUGAAUCCCCCCAAAAAGAAGCAGAACUUGAAUCCCUAGGACUGGCUGAGAAAACGGAUAAGCUUCUCAAGAAGUAUACUAGGCUUGCUGCUAUUGCUUUUGUGGUGACGCUAUUAGUUACGUGGGUUAUCUGGCCAUUUGCUAUGUACCGUGACUGGAUCAUGACUGAAGCUUACUAUAAAGGAUAUAUAGUAGUUGGUCUCAUCUGGCUUUACGCAACCCUAAUCGUCAUUGGUUUAUUCCCUAUAUGGGAGGGUAGACAUGCAAUAAAAAUCAUUGUCAAAGGACUUUAUAGAGACUAUAUCAAAAGAGAGAAGCCUCAGAAUUAAUGGCUUCCUCUUGAACUCUUAUAUUUAUUCUGUUUCCUACUACUUGUGUAUUUUUCAAUCUAUG